UCAGACUCCUCGUUUGUUUCCCUGUUUUCCCUGUUUCUAUUUUCAACAUUUUAGUUGUUUCCCCUGUAGUUGGUUCCAUGUUGCCACAGCAACCGAGUCAGCUACACUCAGAAGUAGCUUAUAGCAGAUGUUGCUAGCUGCUUCAUGAAAAGCUAAGAAAAAUAUAUCGAUCUUACUUCAGAACAGUUGUUGAUGUCUGGACAUUGAACGGCUCAAUAUGAAUGAUCUUCAUCUUCCCCUGGAAACUAGUCUUACCAGGUGAGUCCUCGUCCAUGCCCUGCAUGUCCAACAUGGCGUCUGAUGAGUCUCCUCAAUGUGACGAUAAAGUGAAGGUGAGAAGGAGGAGGAGGGAGCAGGAGGUGAGGAGGAAGGAGGUUCUGGCAGUGGACAUUGAAGAGUUAACAUCUGCUGGUCACAGAGCUCUGCAGGAGGGACGGACUCAAGACGCUCUGAGCUGCUUUAACAAGGCGCUGAAUGCUGCAGGACAGCUGCAGGACUCCCGGGUCCUCCGGGCCUGCUCCUUUAACCUUGGUGCAGCCUAUGUGCAUGUGGGCCAACCUAAGGAAGGUCUGGACUUCCUGCAUCAGGUUCAGCCCGGUCCAAAGGCCGACCGCCUCCCAGACCUCCAGUUCAACCUGGCCCUGGCCCACAAUGCACUGGGGCAGAGCCGAGAGGCCGCCGCCUGCUUCUUGCAGGCUGCUCAGCUGUACAGAUCACAGGGAGACGGAGGCAGCGAGGGGGACGCCUGCAUGGAGAUGAGCCGCUGCCACAGCAGAGUACAGGACUGGUCUCUGGCUGCUCAGGGUUUCCUGCGGGCUGCAGAGAGUUACAGAGUGGCAGCCAUGUUGGAUUCUGCAGCCGCUGCCUUCAAAGAGGCAGUAAAUCACAUGAUCCAAUCAGAUCGGUUCAGCCGUGAUGACAUCAAUAGCGUACUGACCGAGUGUCUGAGUCUGACAGACAGAAUCACAGAGCCGAGAAUUCUGGGUGAGCUGUACCUGUCAGUGGGCGUGUCUUACUGUCGGCUUAGGUGUUUCCAGGAGGCGGUACAGUGUUUCCAGCUGGCUCUGGGCCCCACCACUCAGCACCCCUCCCUGCUGGCCAAAGUCCUGCACAACCUGGGAGCUGCUCUGAACUCUGUGGGCCAGUUCACACCUGCUGUGGGUUACCAUAGGCUGGCUGCUGGACUCUACGGCUCCCUGGGUCGCCGUGGUGACCAGGCGCGGUGUUUCAGUAACUUAGCGUUUGCCUGCAGUCAGCUGGGUGAUGAAGAAGAGGCAGCAGAGAGCUUCAUCCAUGCUCUGCAGGGAUUCAGAGACGCAGAGGACCACCUGGCUCAGGCUCAGGUGUGUGAGUCAUUAGCCGAGUGUUACCUGAAGCAGAGGAAGCAGCAAAAAGCCGUUCAGCUCUACAAACAGGCUCUGACUGCUCUGUCUCAUUGCCAGGACAGUUCUGGUUGUGUUCGAGAUCGUCUCGUGGAGCGUUUGACUGCAGUUCUACAGCAGAGUCUGACUGUCAGUCUGCAGAGGCCAAUCCCACCUGGACUACACCCACACAGUCCACCUGUCAGACAGAGGGUCAGGAAGAGUGACAUCACACAGAGUCCAGGCAGAGCAUCAAAACAGCAUCCAGAUGAUGAGAGGGGGGAGGGGCAAGGAACGGAGCAGCAGGCCACGGGUAGACGGGAAGCAGCAGAGAAUUGUGGGCCAGCAGGGGGCGGAGCCACUGAGAGACAGGAAUUCAUGAACGUUGUACCUGGAUCGCACAGUUCACACCUGUCCGAGCAGCUGCAGCACGGUGAGCUGUGUUCGGACGGAGAGAAUCUUCACACUGACAGUGAAACCUCGUUGGUCCAGAAUGCAGAGACUCCACCAACCAGACCAGAUGACAUCAGAGAGGCCACGCCCCCUGUAGCCAGGUGGAGGUCUCGAUUCUGUUCACUGAUGUAGACUCCCCUGCGUGAUGGAGUUAUUGAUCGUGCAUUGAUUAUGGACCGAUCAUCAGUCUCUGAGCGACCGCUGAGUGACCAAACAGACGUCAGAGUCUGAUCUGCAUCACAGAGUGAAGAUAAAACCUCGACAUGGAAUUCAUUCAGCUGUUUCCCUUUGUUCAUUCUGUCGACAUGAAGUAUUAAUACAAGUGUGUUUAGACCUAAUCAAGUAUAUAUAUGCAUUAAAUGUGAAAGGAAAGUGUAACCUGUGCCCCCCCCUCACAUCCACACACACGUCUCCUGUCAAUAUAAACCAUCACCGAUCCAAGAAAAGAAGA